GAGAGGGGGGUGGGGUGGGGGAGCGAGCGAGAGAAAUGCAGAGGCAGCAGCAGUAGCAGCGGCGGCGGCAUUGCUCCAACGAGCACUAGUCACUCCAGUCCCAGCAAGCGAGCAGGGGAGAGACACACACCAACUCAGCCCAAGCCAAGCGGGCGCUAGGCUACCUAGGACUCUCCCUGUGACACCAGAGCACACAAACACACAAAGGGGGAGAGAGGAAAAUAUAAAAAAGUUGCCAGUUAGCUUUUUGGAAGUGAUGGAGCUGGAAGAAGAAAAUACUUCCUAAAUAUGUAAUAUUCAAACUCAAUGAACUCCAAACAUGGGAGGCAAACUUAGCAAGAAGAAGAAGGGGUACAAUGUGAAUGAUGAAAAAGCUAAAGACAAGGACAAGAAGGCUGAGGGAGCAGCUACUGAGGAAGAGGAGACUCCAAAACAGAAUGAGGAUGCCCAGCAAACCACAGAGACCGCAGAAGUGAAGGAGAACAACAAGGAGGAGAAGGGUGAUAAAGAGUCCCAGGUUGCUGCCAAUAAGACAGAAGACAAAGAAGGGGAAAAAGAAAAAGCCGUGAGCCAGGAAGAAGUCCAGAAAUCUGAACCAGAGAAGCCAGAGGCCGUUGUUGACGCAAAAGUGGAGCCACAGAAGAACAGUGAACAACUGGCACCUAAGCAAGAGGAACAGACUUCAGCCUCUGCUCCUGCUGCCAGUAGUGAAGCACCUAAAACUUCUGAGCCCAGCAAUGAUGCAAAAGUUUCCCAGCCUUCAGAAGCCACAGCUACUAGUAAAGCGGAUGACAAGAGCAAAGAGGAAGGGGAAGCCAAAAAGACUGAGGCUCCCACAGCACCUGCAGCGCAAGAAACUAAAAGUGAUGUGGCCCCAGCUUCAGACUCAAAACCUAGCAGCAGCGAGGCUGCACCUUCUUCCAAGGAGACCCCGGCUGCAACAGAAGCACCUAGUUCUACUCCCAAGGCUUCAGCGCCUGCAGCCCCACCAGAGGAAGCGAAAUCUUCUGAAGUUCCAGCGACUAAUUCGGAUCAAACCAUAGCAGUGCAAGAUUAAAUUGGACAGCCUGUUGAAAUUAACCACUUAAAACAACCUGUGUCUUUUUUUUUUUUUUAAUUUUUUCAGCUAUACUAACUUGUUUCAGAUCUGAAAUAACAAUAUGUAUUGCCCAGGGGGGAAAAAAAGGAUGUCCCAUCAAGUUGGGAGGGAGCAAGGGAGGGGGGAAGAAUCCAAAUAGUAUUUUUGUGGGGAAAUAUCUAAUAUACUUUCUGCCAGGAUUUAAAAAUAAUAAUGAAAAAUAUGGAUGUCUGAAAGUACAGCACAUCUUUUGUAUCUUAACUGCUGUAAAUGCACUCCACCAAUGUAUCAAAAUACUUUUUUCGUUUUGUAAUGGGGUUUGGGAGUGAUGCUUUUGAUUCUGCCCGCUAGGCUUGUGCCAAGGCAAUCAGAUCUUUAUGAAAGCAGUAUUUUCUGUGGGUGUUUUUUUUUAAUUUACAGCCUUUCUUAUUUUGAUAUAUUUUUUAUGCAGUGGAUGAAUGCCAACUUUCAGACAAAACCCACUUAGCUGUCCACAUUUUUCUCAAUGCCAAUCCUCCAAUUCUUCUUCCUCUCCAAAUAUUUUUGGGAGUAAACAGCAUUCUCAUCCUACUUAGCCUACCUAGAUUUCUCAUGACGAGUUAAUGCAUGUCUGUGGUUGGGUGCACCUGUAGUUCUGUUUAUUGGUCAGUGGAAAUGAAAAAGUCUGCGUUCAUUGCAGUUCCAGUUUCUCUUCCAUUCUGUGUCACAGACACCAACACACCACUCAUUGGAAAACAAAUGAAAAAUAAAAUGUACAAUGGAUGCAUUGAAAUUAUAUGUAAUUGUAUAAAUGGUGCAACAGUAAUAAAAGUUAAAUAAUUUAAAAAAA